UUUCAUCUUCCAUUUUCUCAAACCUUAAUUUCCUCAACAAUUUUUUUUGUUCUUUCAAUCUUAAGGUAUAGUGAUGUUAUUUCAUUCAAAAUCCACUCUUUUUUUGUUCAUCUUUUUCUCAUAUUCUUUUCUUCUCUUUCAAGCAAAUGCUACUAGAUCUCUUUCAAACAAUGUCAAAGAAUUUGAGGUCAAAGUUGAUUCAUUUAUACAAUUCAAAGAGGCCCCAGAAUAUAGAAAUAUGCAAAAAUGCAAAGUAGUUGAUAGAAAAAUUGAUAUUGAUCAAUAUGUAUGUGAUCCUUCACUUGUUCAUAUUUCAAUGACUAUUGAUUGGGAUUAUUUGAGAGGCUCUAUGGCUGCAAUUCAUUCUGUUCUCAAACACACUUCAUGUCCUAAGAAUUUGUUUUUUCAUUUCAUUGCAUCAGAUUCAAGAUUAGAGAAUAAAGAUGAGUUUACUAGGAUUGUUCAUGGUUCAUUUCCUUCAUUGAAAUUCAAAGUUUAUGUUUUCAAUGAAAGUUUAGUUGAGAAUCUUAUUUCUCCUUCAAUAAGACAAGCACUUGAGAAUCCAUUGAAUUAUGCAAGAAGUUAUCUUGCCGAUUUACUUGAAGAAUGUGUUGAGAGAGUUAUCUAUUUAGAUUCUGAUGUUAUAGUUGUUGAUGAUAUUCAAGAUUUAUGGAAGGUUUCGUUGACCGAUUCGAAGGUAAUCGGUGCACCGGAAUAUUGUCAUGCAAAUUUCACAAGAUAUUUUAGCUAUGAGUUUUGGUCAAGUUAUGAAUUUUCUGAGGUAUUCAAAGGUAGAAAAAAUAGGCCUUGUUAUUUCAACACUGGUGUGAUGGUAAUGGAUUUGAUGAAAUGGAGAGAAGGUGAAUAUACAAAGAAGAUUGAGAAAUGGAUGGAAAUUCAAAAGGAGAGAAAGGUUUAUAAGCUUGGAUCAUUACCUCCAUUUUUGAUGGUUUUUGGUGGUGAUGUUGAAGCUAUUGAACAUAGAUGGAAUCAACAUGGUCUUGGUGGUGAUAAUGUUGUUGAUAGUUGUAGAAGUUUGCAUCCUGGUCCAGUUAGUUUGUUACAUUGGAGUGGUAAAGGGAAACCAUGGAGAAGACUUGAUGCAAUGAGACCUUGUUCUGUUGAUUUUUUGUGGAAACCUUAUGAUCUUUAUAUGCCUCAUGUGGGAUAUGGACAUUCAUUGAUUUAGGAAAAAUUAAUUUGAUUUAUAUUUGUUGAUUUUUGAUUCAUUUGUAAGUGAUCAAAUUCUUUUAUUUGAGUGUAUAGAACAACCAAAAGAUUUUGUUGAUACAUAUUCAUAGUAGUUAUUUUCUCAUGUUUUGAUAGGCCAUUAAUUAUAUUUUUUCAUUUUAUCA